GCUCCGGGCGGCCCCGCCCCGCCCUCAGGCUGCCCGCGCCCGGACAUGGCGGCGCCCGCCUACCCGGCCUGGGUGACGCGCUGGGUGUCCGGGCAGUGGCGGAACAAGAAGCGGCCCCCGGCGCUCCGCCCGCCCCGGACGCUGGCGCUGGCCGACAAGGUGGCGAACCGCCGGGAGCAGCCGACAGAGGCAACGUGCAUUACGGAAAUGUCAGUAAUGAUGGCCUGCUGGAAACAGAAUGACUUCAACGACGCACCUUGUGCCGAGGAGAUCAGGACGUUCUAUGACUGCGUGGCAAAGGCAGAAAAGGAGCGCAAGAAUCAAAAUGAGGACACCCUGUCAUCCAGGGGAAAUUUGCCUUCAAGCAAAGUGAACAAGCUCCUGAAGAGGUUUCCUCAGAUCACGCGUUAUGUAUGAUGUACUUUACAAAAGGGACUAUGGACAAGCAAUUAAAGUUGGGGUCUUGAUCAAAAAGGAGGAAAGUCGAGUAAUUUUUUUGAUGUCAAGUGGUGUGUGGGUCUUGACCCUGCUUUUGAUUCCAGACCAAAACCCACCCAUUUUGAGUAUCAUUGAUUUUGUUCAUGAGACUCUUGCGUUUUGCAGUGUUAGGAUUUCUGCAGAGUGGUGUUCAACUAGCCUACUCAGGUCCUCACUGUUAAAUAAAACCUUCUAGGCAUACAUCUAAAUGCAUAUCCUAACAGGGGAUGACUUCUUCACGUGCAAGCUUCUUGCCCAGCUCUGGAGCUGCUAUCAAAAAGUGAGUGAGUUCAAACACUGAGCUUAGUUAGAAUUGAUAGUAAUGAUGGUAUGAUGGUUUGUACUCUUAUGUGGGUGUAUACACAAUCUGGUGCAGCUUGGUAAGUAUCAAAUAUAACUUUAACCUGGAAGUUUGUGAUUAAGACCCUGUGAUUGGCAGAUGGGACAGGUAUGGUGCCAUGUAAGUUUGAUUUUGUCUGUACUGUAAUAAAGCAAGACUGGUGUUGACUUGG